AUGCACGCUACUUUCGCUCGUCAAUUCACUUCGACUGCCAGAAUCAUGUCCAACGUCUUUUUCGACAUCACCAACAACCGCGCCCCUGCGGGACGCAUCACCUUCAAGCUCUACGAUGACGUCGUUCCCAAGACCGCCAAGAACUUCCGCGAGCUCUGCACUGGUGCUCCCGGUUUCGGUUACAAGGGCUCUUCCUUCCACCGUGUCAUCCCCCAGUUCAUGCUUCAGGGUGGUGACUUCACCGCCGGUAACGGUACCGGUGGCAAGUCGAUCUACGGCGAAAAGUUCCCCGACGAGAACUUCAAGUUGACCCACAACAAGCCCGGUCUUCUUUCGAUGGCCAACGCUGGUCCCAACACCAACGGCUCGCAGUUCUUCAUCACCACCGUUGUCACCCCCUGGUUGGACGGCAAGCACGUCGUCUUCGGUGAGGUCAUCGAGGGUAUGAACAUUGUCAAGGCUAUCGAGGCCCAAGGUUCCAGCUCGGGCAAGCCCAAGUCCACCAUCACCAUCGCCAACUGCGGUGAGUGCUAA